AUUCGCAAUGCCAUCAGCGAUGCUGGCAGCUUACUCGGCUUUGCUAGUUAACCUCUAGCAAUGGGUCGAGUGGUACUGCCGUUGGUCGUUUUGCUUUUUCAUUGUGCUUCCGUCUGUCCACAAAUAACCAAAGAGAUUUUCAUUCGUAGAACUACUACGCAAGAUCCUGUGCAAGCGUUUUUCAGUAGCUGCGAUCCUCGCAAUGCUGAAUGUGUACAGAGUCAGGAUUGUCGACAGAAUGACAUUUUAAAUGAAGGACGAUGUAGUAGUUUGGGGCAAGUUUGUUGCAAAAAGGAAGAUAUCCCGAUAGUUUUCCCGGAGCGUACUACACGAAGGCCGGUUAUAAAAACUACCAGAACUACUAUAUCAACUACUACGACAACUGCCCGUACUAGGACAAAGCCGCCAACAACUACAACUACAACUACAACAACAACAACAACAACAACAGAAAAACCAAUUAUCGGCUGGUCACCAGCAGAUUGCGGCGUUCGACAUUCAAAUUCGUCUUAUUCGGUGGACAUUAGAGACUCCGAGCGUGGAGAAUUUCCGUGGAAUGUGGAAAUUUUUUCGAAAGAUUUGAACGAGUUUGGUUUCCUACAGGAUGUCUUCCUUUGCGGAGGGACGCUCGUUGAUGAUUUUGUAGUGAUCACCUCUGCCAAUUGUGAAAACUUGCGAGGUUCUACGGAACUGUUUGUUUCCGUUGGUGCUUGGAAUCUAGAAGAUCCGGAGGAGAAACGGCAGAUUCGCAAAGUCGAAAGGGUCGUCAAGCAUCCCCGAUUCGAGUAUCGCACGAGAAUAGCGAGCAUAGCGCUUUUGAUUCUCGAUGACAAAGUGGAUUUUUCGCGUCACGUCAAUCGGAUUUGCCUACCAAACGUUGAUGUCGAUUUUAGCGGAAGCACGUGCUUUUUGACCGGCUGGGGAGGUACGCCUGACAGCGGUCCAGGAAUUCGACCGUACAUGAAAGUCGUAGAAAUGAAUCUGCUGAAGCACAACGAUUGCCGUGCUGCGAUGAAACGAACGUUGCUUAAAUAUGAGUUGAACGAAAACUUCCAAUGUGCACAGGAAGAAGCAACGAACCAUAUUUGCCCAUUUGAUGUAGGAUCUCCGUUAUUCUGCAUGAUACCGGGACGGCAAAGACAGUUCUAUCAUGUGGGUGUUUUCGUAUGGAAUACUUAUCUGAAUCGAAAUGGAGCGUGUUACAGUGGGAAUGGAAUUGUGAAUCUUUUUGUUAAAGUCCAGAAUUUCCGGCAGUGGGUCGACGAUGAAAUGGGAAAAAUUCGAAGAGACAUAAACAUUUACAUUCCGCAACCAGAAGAAGAAGAAGAUGAUGAUGAUCGUUAGAAUCUAUACUGCAAUAAAAAUACAUAUCUUAAA